AUGGCGGAGCGGCGCGCCCUGGCCCGACCCGAGCUCAGUCGCGAGCUAGCCGCGACCCUUGACACACAAGCGCGUCGCGCGUCUUCUCGCCCCGCGACGGCAACCGGCAUCAUCACGCACGGAGCGCUAGUUUACGGCGGGGUCAGCGGCCCGGGGCUUUGCCCUCCGAGAGGCCCUGACCUUCCGCCCCUGGAGCUCGGCUUCCGCGGUAGCUGGCGCGAGGACGAGCUCCUGCCGUCCACUCCCGCCAGCCAGGCCGCGUCGACGCAGAGCGGCUCCUCCGCCACCGACAAGGGCCAGAACGUCGAGUGCGUGGUCUGCGGUGACAAGUCCUCCGGGAAACACUACGGCCAGUUCACUUGUGAGGGUUGCAAAUCCUUCUUCAAACGAUCAGUGCGCAGAAACCUGACGUACUCCUGCCGAGGUAACCGCAACUGCCCCAUUGACCAGCAUCAUAGGAACCAGUGUCAAUACUGCAGACUGCGGAAAUGUCUCAAAAUGGGCAUGAGGAGAGAAGCGGUCCAAAGAGGUCGAGUGCCACCAACGCAACCGGCUGGUCUGGCCCUUCCCGGCCAGUUCGCAUUGGCGAACGGCGACCCCGCGGCGGGCCUCAACAGCCAUCCGUAUCUCUCCUCUUACAUUUCCCUCCUCCUUCGCGCAGAACCCUACCCGACCUCGCGGUAUGGCCAGUGCGUCCAGCCCAGCAAUGUCAUGGGAAUAGACAAUAUCUGCGAACUCGCCGCAAGAUUACUCUUCUCAGCUGUGGAAUGGGCGAGAAAUAUCCCAUUCUUCCCUGAGCUCCAAGUGACCGACCAGGUCGCACUACUCCGGCUCGUCUGGUCGGAACUGUUUGUCCUUAACGCGUCCCAGUGUUCCAUGCCCUUACACGUAGCCCCCUUAUUAGCCGCCGCUGGAUUACAUGCGUCGCCAAUGGCGGCGGACCGAGUGGUUGCCUUCAUGGACCACAUAAGGAUCUUCCAAGAGCAAGUGGAGAAGUUAAAGGCGCUACACGUUGACUCAGCGGAGUACUCCUGUCUGAAGGCGAUCGUCCUCUUCACGACAGAUGCGUGCGGACUUUCCGAUGUGCCACACAUAGAAAGCUUACAAGAGAAAUCGCAAUGCGCGCUUGAAGAAUACUGCAGAAGUCAAUACCCAAAUCAACCAACCCGCUUCGGGAAGCUUCUAUUGCGGCUACCCUCACUCCGCACCGUCAGCUCACAAGUCAUAGAACAACUCUUCUUUGUAAGGCUAGUUGGGAAGACACCCAUUGAAACUUUGAUCAGGGACAUGUUGCUUUCCGGGAGUUCGUUUUCGUGGCCUUAUAUGGCGACCAUGUGACAUACAAUGUGGCGUCAGCUCGCGGCGGCCUGAUCCUCGCCUUACGGCUUCCCGCCGUACCUGCCCAGCCAGCGCUUCGACUUCAACAGAUACCGAGACCAGCCUGACGACGCUGUGACGUCAUCCAGCGAGUUCCACGAAACCACAGAAGCGCCAAGUGAGGACUAUUUCCCUCGAAGCAGGGACAGCGAGAGAGCCGAUCCAUGUCCAACGUUUGACCCAGUCUCCGCUUUCUACCCCCCGAAAUCGACCGAUCAUCAGGAAACGUUCGAGCCGUCAACGACAUCUACCGAACAAAAGAAUGUACAAGCUCAAAAAUCUAUGAUGAUCGACAAUUUAUUGCGACAGGAUUCGUGCUUAUCUGAUAUGAAGUAGGCAACGCCAAGCCAUGGGACUUAAGGUGUGUUAGGGGUCCGUAGUGUUCUUAGUUCAAGUUUUUUGUUCCUCUGUAAAAAUACUUAGGCUAAUUUAAUAUUUAAAUAUUGUAAAUAAAAUGUUUUUAUUAUUGUAAAUGUAUAGUUAGUGUAAGUAUAAGAGACAAAGUUUUCUAUACUGAUUUUAUUAUUGGAGUUUCUUUAUGAAAUUUCUUAUUGAUUUUUCUGGGAACUAGAAUUACUUUUAUACAGAAACAUAUACUUUAUUUUUAAGUAGACCAGU